UCUCAUUCUGUCAAGUUGUUAUGUUGAUUUCGGCGAGAAGUAAAAGACACAGUUAAUAUAUAAUAUAUAUUAUGUUAUGAUAUCUACAACGAUUCGUAAAAAUAUUGAUUGUAUGAAGAAAAAACGAGGGCUUGAUAACAAUGAAAUCGUUGAUCAUAUUCAUCCCCCAAAAUUUUUUAAAAGAAGAGCCAGGAUGCAUGUAUGGAAACGUUGUACACGAUGCAAAAGAAGAGGUCAGUAAAUUUUUUAUCCUCGGUUUGACUGAGUCAGUGCAAAGUAUAACAAAAGCUGGCAAUGACCUUGUACCACUUGGUUACUUUUAUGGGACUGAAAAGAAAAGAGAAUAUUGGGAAAAGAAACUUCCUAAUUGGAUAGAGUUAUAUUUGUCACCAACGGAUACCAAUUAUGAUUACUACUUAAGAACUGUUAUGAUAAGGAAUCAAAAACUCACUUCAUUGAACAGUCACUCUGUGAUAAUUCUAUAUGAUGAAUAUUGCUUAACACGGACAGAAUUAUAUAUCGAUCGGAUACCUAUGGAUCAUUUCUCAGAGCUGAGAAACAUUUUGUACAAAGAGUCAAAAAGAAAGAAUCAAGAUAAGCUGAAAAAUUCUUCUUUACCAAGAAUUAAGGAAACUAUUUUUACAGCAUUUAUACUUACUAUACUUUACCCCACGCUGUAUCUGCACAAGUUAAUUACUAUAUUCAACCCAGUAUUAAAAUAUUCCUCACUUGGCUUGCAUUUAAUUGCCUGCUUUCAAAAUGCUAAAUGGAUGGCAUCAACACUCUAUCAGAGCAAGAAAUUUACUUUGAAAACAACAAAUUAUAUUUUAGCAAUAAUCAUAGAUAUAUUCCUGGGGCAUUUACUGUUGGAAGUACUAUUGAAUUUUCUCGAAAAUUCUUUACCUUCGGAUGUUUUGUUAUCAUAUGCAGAGAAAAUGGUGGAGACUUUGAAAGAUCUUGUAAAUUGGCUUAUGGGAUCACCAGCUGGUUUGAAAUUGAACAGUUCUUUCAACCGUGUUCUAGGAAAAUUUUUUUUGUAUCACAUUCACCUCUGGUGGACAUUCCUUGUUGCUUCCAAGCCAAUUAUGGAUUUGGCUUUUGUAGUUCUGCUAUUUUUUGGGAGACUUGGCAUUACUUUUCAAAUUUCUAUCAUGGCUGAUCUUCUAGCACUUGUUAGUUUUCACACUUAUUGCAUUUAUGUUUAUGCAGCAAGAUUAUUUAAUAUUCAAACCAGAGGUCUAACAGCUUUAUUUAGAUUAUUUUUAGGUAAAAAGAAAAAUCCACUAAGAAAAAGAGUAGACUCUUGUCGGUAUAAACCAGAUCAAUUGUUUGUUGGUACUUUACUAUUUACUAUACUUUUAUUUUUGAUGCCAACCACUUGGGUUUAUUACUUUGUUUUUACUGUGCUUAGACUUAUAAUGAUUGGACUUGGUGGUUUUUUAACAAGACUAAAAUUUUACUUACAAGUUAUACCGAUCUAUGCUUUUAUUCUAUGGAUUUUGAGGACUGUUGAUACUACUGGUUCUAUAGGUAUUGAGCUAUUACAUAGACAAGGUGAGGGUCCAAUUAUGUUGAAAACUAAAACUAUUAUAGCUCCCUGGAGUGAAACAUGGAAGAGAACAUUACCUGAUACUAUCACCAUGCAUACAUCAAUCAAUUGGAGUAAUAUUAUCAGCAAUGUUUUUUGGGGUCAGUUGUUGAAUUCGCGGCGAACUGGUAAUAUUUCGUUCCUUUGCGUUGCUUUUCUCGUAAAUUUGAAACUCGCAGAUCGUAAAUAUAACGUAAGGCAUAUAUUUGAGGUUAUGACGGCAAAAGUUCAAGAAAUAAAUACAAAAAAUAAAAAAGAAAAGUUAAAAGUAACAGACCAAGAGAAAAAUGAAAAAUUUAUCGAAAGCAACAAGAAAUCAAAGAAAAAUAAAACGAAAAAAGAAAAUAAAAUUACAUCACAAGAUAUAAAAGAAGAAAGUUUAAAAGAAAUAUUAGAAGAUACAGAAAAUAAGAAAGCAGAAAAACGUCAGUCAGAAGGGGAUGAAAGCACAAGUAAAAAGAAAAGAAAACUCAAAAACAGAAAAAGCAUGAUCGAAAGUGAUACUAAUAACACAGAGGAACUGAAUUUGGACAAUACAGCAAUGGAAAUGGAAGAUGAAAAUGAGGAAGAAAAACCAAAUAAAGAGCCAUCAAAAAGACAAAUAAAGAAAGAAAAAUUUGCACUCCGUGAAGCAGCAAUUAAAGAAUUAGGUAAACAACAAAAUGCUAGUAAAGCUUUAAAUUAUGUGUCAAAGUGGAAACAUGCAAAAAGUGAAUGGAAGUUUAACACGGUUAUACAGACAUGGUUAAUACACAAUUUACUAGACGAAAAUUAUGUUCCUGAUGAUCAAUAUGCAACAGUAUUGGAAUACUUUGAGAACUGUAAAGGUUCAGCUAGAAAAUUGUUGUUGGAUAAAGCAAUGGCUGUCAUAAAAAAAUUAGAGGAUUGUGUAGAAAAAGAAGAUGAAGAUGAAGAAAUAAUUGAGACAACAGAAUACAAAAGGGCAAGAGAAUUACUGCAAGCUUUACCAACAUAAACA